AUGGACCCCCAAGAAAAAGUAUUUGGGGAAAGAGAAGGAGGUUUUCAGUGGUCUUUAAAGGAUGAAGAAGACCAAGAAGCUCUGAUGAACAUGCAUGAUCAGUUCAAACCCUUUCAAGAUAUUCUUUCACAUGUAAGCAGACAAGAGUGGUCAAAAGUCAUCAUGGAGGAUCAGCACUUCAACGGGACGAUUUUCAGAUUCCCCUUGCGCAAUGAGGCAUCAGACAUCUCAGAUAAUCUAUAUGACUCUGAUAGGGUUGUUCAGCUUUUUGAUAGCUUCAUUGCAGAUGCAGACUUAAGCCUCCUGUUCCUGAAACAUGUGACCACCGUGUCCUUGAUACACAUUAGCGUAGAUGGUUCCGUUAACAUCAGACUUGAAGUGAAAUCCUCAGUCCCCACAGAUGUGAUUUUGGAAUCAGAAGACAAUACAAUCAGAGAGGGUUCGACAAGAUUCAAACUAAUAACCCUCAACUCAGAAGACCACAAAGAAACAAAGUGGCUUUUGACUACAUGCACCAUGAAAGAGGGAAAUGUGGAAAAAAUCGAUUCACUUGCAAAAAAGCUGAGCUUUUUCCCUCAGGUUGACUUGGCAUUCCCUUGUGGUGAGAGGAGAGACUGUAGUGAGAGUAGACUGAGCUGCUUUCUCCCCCUCCCAAACAAUGAAUCCAACAAGACAGGACUCCCAGUUUAUGUCAAUGCGUGCUUUGGUCUCACAGACAACAGAAGACACAUCAAGUGGCAAGAAGAAGACCAGAAACAUGACGAACAUGCUGUGUGGAAUGAAUUGCUGAUGAAGGAGGUGCUCCCACAGGCUUACCUCAUGAUUAUUCAAGAUGCUAUCAAACUUGCCCGAGAAGGUAUUCUUAAAGUCUCUUCUGUGUAUGAUCUGUGGCCUGAUAUUGCUCAGAUACAGCACAAAGACAAAUGGUGUGUCAUUGCUCUAGAUGUUCUCCAUCACUUAUUUAGAGAAAACGUGGCUGUCCUCUCUCUUGCCGAAGAUGAAAGAAAGUUUAUCUCUCCAUCUGAAGCUGUGUUCCCCUGUAAUGGUCCAACGAGCCCUGACGUAUUGGCUGCCAUUAAAAGGACUCUGAUUUCCUGUGGAGAAAAUCUUGUCACUUUACCAGAUAGUAUUGCAAGCGCUAUAAAUGAGGCCUAUCCACACCCCGAGACCCUAAGACAUGUGACUCCAGCUUUCCUCAAGGACAUUCUCCACAGGACUGGCAUGCAUAACCUCUCUAAAGAAGACAAACUCUGUCUUCUGGAAUAUAUUUUGAGUGAUGGAAAAUACAGAGAGCUCCAGGGUCUUCUGCUGCUUCCACUCAGCGAUGGCUCUUUCAGAUCUUUCACAAACAGAGAGGAGGACACCGCUUUAAUUGACAGCAAUGAAUUUCCAAGAUCCUUGCUGCCAUGUUGCAAACACCUCUUCAUCCCAGAUGAUCUCAGUCCAGCCUGCAGUGCCCACCUGAAACAACUGGCCAGAGAAAAAAUAUUCAAGGUAGUCAACAUUGAUGCAGACCAGGUGAAAGAAUAUACAAAGAGGUAUUUGCCAGAGGACUGGAAGCCAACAAGGACGGGGCUUGUUACCUGGGACAUCAGCAACAGUCAGCAUCCACCUUUAGACUGGCUCCAACAAUUCUGGAAAUUUCUCAACACUCACUUCAAAGAGUUAAGUGGUUUCACUGGAAUGCCAUUAAUACCAGUCAGUCCCCUGUCUGUCAGUCAGCCUGUAUUACUAGCAAGAGUACAACAGAAAACAACCCUCAUUUUUCAGAAAAGUAAACAGAUUAGCUUGCCAGAACAAAUAGCUCAGUUAGUAAACAAAUUUGACGGCAAAGUGGUGAGAGGAAAUGAGUGGCUCAAACACGAAGACCUAGACUCUUAUGUGCUGUGCCCAUCUCCAAGGAGUGUCAUGAAAGUCCUGAUGAAUUUAGAUUCUCAGCAUCUCAUCAGUGAACUCCAGAGUGCCAAUCACAGAGCACGAGAAGAACUGAAAGAUUAUCUCUCUCGUCUGGAUUCUCUCUCAGUCAAUGAGAAGGAUUUACUCUCAAAGUUGCCUCUGUUCCAAACCAUGAAAGGAUCGUAUGUUGCAGCUCAAUCAAAACAGGCUGUGCUUUUAGGUUCUGGUCUAACCAUACCAAAAGAGCUCCCCAUGCCUGAUUCAGUUGUGCAGUGUGCUACUGAGGCUGAUCGCAGACUAUUACAGCUGCUCAAAGUUAAUCUCUUGGAUGCAGUUCAAGCAGCUAAUCUCCUCGUUGACAGUGUUGAGAAGGGGGCUUGCAGCAAAGAGGACACUGAAAAAGUAAUGACUUGGAUUUUACAGCAUGGUCAUAUGAUUUUCUCUCAAAAUCAGAGCUUGAAACGCAGAUGUAAGGACUUGAGGUUCAUUGAAGUGAAUGGAGAGAUGAAAAAGACCUCAAGCUUUUUUGAUCCAAGAAAUCAAGCUUUCAAAGUCAUUUUUGAGUCAGAUCUCUUCCCCCCACCUCUAUAUGUCCAGACACCGCAGAUGCUUGAAAGCCUAACAGAUCUUGAGUUGAUAAAUAAAGAAGUAGAUGUGUCACCUGGGCACUUGUUGCAUGCUGCCACACAGAUUGACAAACUCCAUGCUGACUCUCAAACCGAGGCUCUCAAAAGAGCUCAGGUGCUCUUGAAAAUGCUGGAUGCUAAUGAUCUACUGUCAAAGUUUUCUCAUGAACAGCUCAGUCGCCUCAAAAUGCUAAAAUGGGUCCCUUGUGCUAAACCUGGUAGUGACAAAUCACAGAGAAGUUGUUUCUUCUGCCCAGAUGAAAUAAGACACUCUAUGUAUGAGGACAUUGUUGGGCAUGUAAUGCCUCUAGUGGGAAAGCUCAGUGACAGAGUUAGCAACAAACUUGGUCUCAAAUGUCUUCCCCCACCUGGAAAAGUGAUUGAGAAUUUAUCAGCCUUGAUAUCAAAAGCACAGCAAAUGGCUGAUCCUGACACAAAUUUGGAUUUCAAAAGGAAGUUGCAUAGCAUUUACAAACACAUGCAAGAUCACAUCUCUGCAUUUACUACAAUGAUGAGCAAGGACACAUGUUGGCUGUGGAGCCACAACCAGUUUGUUGCGCCACAGGAUCUGGUUCUAGACUACCCACGUGAUCUAGAUCUCAGCUCUUACAUUGGGAAGGUGCCAAAAGAAUUUCUGCUUUACAAGAAGUUGCUCUGUGAGUUUGGCCUGAGAACAUCGCUUUCAGAUCAAGAAAUUGUUGGCAUUCUUCAUUCUAUCAAGAAAACCAUUGAAGGAAGGCAACAGCCAUUGGCAAAUUCUUCUGAGAUAAAAGUCUCAAUAGAAAUUCUUAACUGGCUGUCAAGAGAGAAGAAGACAGUUCAGGAUGACAUCCCAGUGCCAGUCAUCAUACAGGGUGGCCAAUUUACCCUCAAACCACGGUCAGCAACAGUCUUCUGUGAUGUAAGCAGAAAAGGUUUGGAAGAGCUUCAGUACAGCCAGGAGGAAAUCCAUGUCAUACAUGAGGAAAUACCAAGAGCGACAGCAGAUUGCCUCAACAUCCGACUCCUCAGUACCCACAUCCUCGAUCCAGAGUUAGUGGGAAUUGAACAGUGUGGACAAUCUGAACCAAUAACAAUGAGGAUUAAAAACAUUCUUAAAGAGUAUGACGAAGAAAAUGACAUCUUCAAAGAGCUCAUUCAAAAUGCAGAGGAUGCUGGAGCAGAGGCCUGUAAAUUCUUAGUGGAUUUCAGAGUGCACAAAGACACCCCUGAAAGUCUCAUUGAUCCUGGCAUGGCACUCUGCCACAGAAUUGAGGCAUGUCACCUUCCAGUCCUCGGACAACUUCUCAUGUGUGACAAUCUGCAAGAUGUUCAGAAAACUCUGGCUAAGAAUGGGAUCCAUGACAGUGCUGAAACAGAAACCUCCCCUCUCAAUUCUCCUGCCCCUGGGACAGAUAUUCCAGAAGAAUGGCAUGAUUCCUUAGACAUGAACAUCCUCAAUAACUUUGAAGAGGGGGAAUAUGUUGGCUACAUGACUAACAACAAGUAUAUUUAUGCAGUUAUUGUUGAAGAACUGCCUGGGUAUUCUGGACAAUAUUCACGGAGAUACAAAAUAGAAAUUGGAGAAGAUGAGCCAAUUGAAGUCAGUUGUUUGGAUCUAUAUCAGUUUAAAUGUGAAAAGAAGCCUAAACCUGCUGAAGCUUCUUGCAUGGAGCUGGUGCUACUAGCAGGAGCUGUGCCAAAUUCUUCCCAACCGUCAUCUACAAGAUCCUCACCAACAUCUGUUGAAGAGGCUAAAAGGGAAAUUGACAAAUGUUUGGCAGAGAUCUGGACUCUUCCUAGGGAGGAGAAGCAUAAAGCUAUCAGACGACUGUAUCUUAGAUGGCAUCCUGACAAAAACCCUGACUGCCAAUCGCUCGCCAAUGAGGCAUUCAAAUACUUGCAGAAUCGAAUUGAUGAGCUCAUCAAAGGCAAAGGCAAAGGCAAAACUUCUGGCUCAUCCUGUCCAGGGGGAAGAUCAAAUUUCAGAGACUUCUACCAGCAAUGGAAUCAAGAGGCCAGGUAUCACAGAAGUGGUCGAGAGCGAUUCUUCAGAGGCAACCCUUCCUACAACUUUUGGACCCAUCAUGACAACGUCCCGAGGCCAAACAGAGAGGAGGCCCAGCGCUGGUGUAGACAGGCUCGCUGUGAUCUAAAUGCAGCUUACAAAGACACUGGUGGGGGGAGCACAGAGUGGUGUCUAUUCAAAGUCCAUCAAGCUGUGGAAAAGUCUCUCAAAGCUGCACAGUAUAAAAGACAUGGUAACCCCAGCAGCAGCUCCAUCUCAGUCAUUGCUUUAGAGGUUUCCCUCUACAACCCUCAAAUGAGGGAUCUGCCUCAAAUUGUGGACAAUCUGAAGACGCUGGGAGUGGACGCCAAAAAGACUCAAUAUCCCAACUGUCAUCCAUUCCCCCACAUUCCAAAUGGACAGUUCGAAGCAGAAAAUGAAUUGCAAGCAGUGGAAAAGGCAUCUGAGCUUCUCAGUAGAGUAGAAGCAUAUGUGAAUUAG